AUGCGACGACCAGUGACGACCUAUAGGGACGAGAGUGUUGGAGCAAAGUGGAAUGAACUGCAGGACUAUGAGAAGGAUGUCGAUUCUAAUGGAGGAUUAAAUCGUCCAUCACUGACGAUUCAAACUAGAUCGCCAAAAAUUCAGAUGACAACGAAAGAGAAAAUAUCUGAGUUUAGAAAACUUAGCAGCCGCAGGCUUUACGAUAUAAAGAACCAACUCAGUGGGAAAUACAGACUAAAGUUAUCAGACACUACAAAAUAUUUACCUAAUAAAGUUACUAGAUCUGAUAUAUCCACAUCUCCCACUGGGUCAGACAAGGAUCAAAGGGCUGGUGGUGCCAGAUCAAUAUCUGGUGUGGGUAGAGGUAUUAAAAGCUCAAAAUCUCUGCAGAAUCUCGAACAGAUUACAAAGGAUGGGUGGAGACAGGUUGCUGAUAAAACUUCGUAUCUUGGACAGAACCUAAAGCAUAAGUACAGUUCAAAGGUUGAUAUUAACAAGCUAGCGCCGAAGAUGAACUAUACAGAACUAGAGGGAGAUGUAUCAGACGAUGAGUUUGGGAGUAGCAGACCUAACGAACUUUUCUAAAAAUCCGCUAGGGGAUUUAGAUUUUGCAGGGAGGAUUUAAAUUUGCCAGGGGGAUCUAGAUCCGCCAGUGGGACUUAGAUCCGCCAUGGAGGAUUUGGAUCCGCCAGAGAUAAUUUAGAUCCGCCAGGGAGGAUUUAGAUCCACCAGGAAGGAUUUAGAUCCGCCAAGGAGGAUUUUGAUCUGCCAGGAAGGAUUUAGAUCCUCCGGGGAGGAUUUAGAUCCACCAGGAGGAUUUAGAUCCAUAUAGGGGGAUUAAAAUCCACCAGGGGGAGUUAGAUUUGGCAGAGAGGAUUUAAAUUCACCAGAGCUGAAAACUUUAGAAUGAAAUAUCCAGAUAUCCGAUCGGUUAACUUUUCUGGAGUUUAAAUUCAUGUGGA